AUGGCCCCGGAGGAAAGGAAGGCUAGGGACGUGCGUCGUUUGGUAGUAGCUCUGUCUCGAGCUCGGCUUGGUCUGUAUGUGCUGUGUCGAGCCAGUCUGUUCCGCAAUUGCUUUGAACUUACACCCGCAUUCAGUAUUCUAUGUCAACGACCUCCUCGAUUACUAAUCAUCCCCAGCGAGCCGUAUCCAACCAAGAGGAAGAGUGGAGAGAAAUCUAGUGAUGAAGUCAUAACGAUCGAAAAUACUGUACAUAUGUCAACAUUUGUGCAUGACUUCUACGUGAGCAAUAUGGAAGCAAUGCGUGUCAAUUAUGAAAAGGCUAUGGAAGAAUAUCGACGCCAAGUGCAGAAAGUAACGCUCCCUCCAACGCCAGAUGAACCAGAAGUGCCAGAAGAUGUGCGAAAAGCUCAGGAGAAGAAAGCAAAGGCUGAAAAAGCUCAGGGGCCUGAACAAGAAAAGGAUAUCAUGUUUGAGAGCAUGGACUUUGAAAGGCUCGAAGAGGUCCCAAAGUAUUAA